UUCACGGUCUGUCCUUCCCAUUGACCAUCAAAUCAUAGCAUAUUCUAUUAAAUUCUGUCUCCUUUACCAGCCUGUAGGUUAUUCACCCAAUGCAGUUAGAUUUACUAAGUUUAAUAGUGGAAUUUACUUGCGUUCAGAUGAAAAACGAAAGGAGAAGCGGUUGGAAGCAGACUGGCAAUAUUCAAGACAGCCCACACGGGAAGGGCCGGGUCCUGUAAGUCUCCUGUCUCUGAGCGCUGGCCCGCUCGCCGCGCAGGCGCAGUGGGCCCGACUCGCCAUGCCGACUGUCAGCGUGAAGCGCGAUCUCCUUUUCCAAGCCCUGGGUCGGACCUACACUGACGAAGAAUUUGAUGAACUAUGUUUUGAAUUUGGUCUGGAACUUGAUGAAAUCACUUCUGAGAAGGAAAUUAUAAGUAAGGAACAAGGUAAUGAAAAAGCACAGGGGGCAUCUGAUGUUGUUCUUUACAAAAUUGACGUCCCCGCUAAUAGAUAUGAUCUCCUGUGUCUGGAAGGAUUGGUUCGAGGACUUCAAGUCUUUAAAGAAAGGAUAAAGGCUCCAGUGUAUAAACGAGUAAUGCCUAUUGGGGAAAUCCAGAAAUUGAUCAUCACAGAAGAGACAGCUAAAAUACGCCCUUAUGCUGUAGCAGCGGUUCUCCGAAAUAUAAAGUUUACAAAAGAUCGAUAUGACAGCUUCAUCGAACUUCAAGAGAAAUUACAUCAGAACAUUUGCAGGAAAAGAGCAUUGGUUGCUAUUGGUACCCAUGAUUUGGACACUUUGUCAGGCCCAUUUACUUAUACUGCGAAGCGACCUUCUGAUAUCAGAUUUAAGCCUCUAAAUAAGACGAAGGAGUAUACAGCCUGUGAACUGAUGAACAUAUACAAGAAUGACAAUCACCUUAAACAUUACUUACAUAUCAUUGAAAAUAAACCCCUGUACCCAGUUAUCUGUGAUAGCAAUGGUGUUAUCCUUUCAAUGCCUCCAAUCAUCAAUGGAAAUCAUUCCAAAAUAACAGUAAAUACUAGAAAUGUAUUUAUCGAAUGCACAGGAACUGACUUUACUAAGGCAAAAAUAGUUCUUGAUAUUAUUGUCACCACGUUCAGUGAAUAUUGUGAGAAUCAAUUUACGGUUGAAGCAGCUGAGGUAGUUUUUCCUAAUGGAAAAUCGUAUACCUUUCCAGAACUGGCUUACCGAAAGGAGAUGGUGAGAGCCGAUCUAAUUAACAAAAAAGUUGGAAUCAGAGAAACUCCAGAAAAUCUUGCUAAGCUUCUGACCAGGAUGUACUUGAAGUCAGAAGUCAUUGGCGAUGGGAAUCAGAUUGAGAUCGAAAUCCCUCCAACCAGAGCUGACAUUAUCCAUGCAUGUGAUAUUGUGGAAGAUGCAGCUAUUGCUUACGGAUAUAACAACAUUCAGAUGACUCUCCCAAAAACAUACACCAUAGCUAAUCAAUUUCCCCUUAAUAAGCUCACAGAACUUCUGAGACACGACAUGGCAGCUGCUGGAUUCACAGAAGCGCUCACCUUUGCUCUGUGCUCUCAAGAAGAUAUUGCCGAUAAACUUGGUUUGGAUAUCUCUGCAACAAAGGCAGUUCACAUCAGUAAUCCUAAGACAGCUGAAUUCCAGGUGGCACGCACUACCCUUCUUCCAGGCCUCCUAAAGACCAUAGCAGCAAAUCGGAAGAUGCCCCUUCCUCUGAAACUGUUUGAAAUCUCUGAUGUUGUGGUGAAAGAUCCUAGCAGAGAUGUAGGUGCAAGAAACUACAGGCAUCUCUGUGCUGUUUAUUACAACAAGAAUCCUGGGUUUGAGAUAAUCCACGGGCUACUGGACAGAAUUAUGCAGCUGCUUGAUGUGCCUCCCGGUGAAAAGAAGGGGGGAUAUGUGAUCAAAGCAUCAGAAGGCCCUGCUUUCUUCCCUGGGCGAUGUGCUGAAAUCUUUGCCAGAGGUCAGAGUGUCGGCAAGCUGGGGGUCCUUCAUCCCGACGUUAUCACCAAGUUUGAGCUGACCAUGCCCUGCUCCUCCCUGGAAAUCAAUAUCGAGCCCUUUUUGUGAAGAUGGGUCUCUGUCGUGUGCGCCCCUCCCCCCCCCAACUCUAGUGUCCUUUUCUCUUCUCCUGGUGUUCCUUUGUCCUCUGCCCCCAGGAACAGCCAUUUGUGGGUUAGUGUCUAAUAAAGCAGGGCGCCGUCCGGCUCUGAGGCCAUGCGUGCCGCCCACUCCCCACUCGGGGCCACUCGUGCAGUUGUGUCUGGCUGCAGCCUUGUUGGCGGGCGCGGCCCGGUGGAGCAGCGCACUGGCAGGGGUCAGCAACCCUCCUCGGACCGUCAGGGCUUCAGCUGUCCUCACAUCCUCCUGCAGAGCAAGUUCCCAUACCUUUGCUGCCGAUGGCACAGGGUGGUUGAUGAGAGUGCGUGUUGCAUUCAUGUCUCAUGAUGGAUUUUUUAAUUUUCUACACUUGACAUGUGUUCAUCAUUGGGAAACGAUAAAAUAGUAUUUUUAGAAAACUUUUUAGAAGUAGUGGUGGUCUAGUAGUUAUCGCCUUUGUCAAGAUAAAAGAAAAAUCUGCAACACAGGUAUUCAAAAUAUUUGAGUACAUGGGUAUUUUCUGCUCUGCUGCCGAGACAGGGCACACGCACCGUGGACCAGCUCUGCGGGAAGAGGUUGUCACCAGCGUGCUAUGAACACUAGGAAACCAUGAAAAACUUAUUUUUGCCAUAAGCUACACAUUUUACUCUAAUUAGAAAAUUAUAGUUUUAAACAUUUAAUUGAACUAUUCAUUUCUGUUAUUAUCUAGGGAGGUAUUAGAUCUUCUCUGGUUAAGCCUCUCUGAAUCCACCUUAGCUCACCUCCUACUUUACUUUCAUAGGUACCAUCUAUUGAAAAGAGCUGGGCCUAAUGUUAGAGAAAAGUGCUCAAUAACUCUUGAGAUGAUAUGGGACAAAAUGUAAAACUUAAAAGUGCAGUAGAAAUAGCAACGACAGACAAGAAUUAUAUUAAUGGAGCUUUUGCUGAGCCCACUCCUAAGAAAAUACCCAGUCACGUCCCUUCCCGGAAUCAGGGCAGCCCUGUCCAGCUUAGCAAAAUUUGUAAACACAGACUUCCAUCUAUUCCUUCCCAAUUCUGUAAUAAGCGGAUUCUUACAAAAUUUAAAAUAUGAAAUAGGCUAAAAAAAAAAAAAGCUUGCCAAAAGGUUUGUAUCCAGCAUACAUGAAGAGUUCUUAGAACUUAAGACAACCCGAUUUUUAAAAAA